UCACCACCAAACUUUAAUUUCUCGAUCAACUCUCACCUUUUUAAAAUAUAUUUUCUCAUUUUACUUUCUUUUUUUUUUUUCGUGGAAUAAAAACAUGAGAAAAAAAGCAUCAACUUCUUCAAAAAGUAAGAAUGAGGUAAUUAAAGAUGAGAAUAAAUACACUGAGGGUAGUGAAGUGGAAAAUAAGGCUUGUAUUAUUGAUUGGGAAGUUAGGCCUGGAGGUUUAUUGGUUCAAAAAAGAGUUGGAGUUUCUGUUGAGGAAAAUUCAGUUGCUGAUCCUAUGAUCAAGAUUAAAGUUUCUUAUGAUUCUUGUUACCAUGAUGUUAUUGUCCCUGCUGAAUCAACAUUUGGGAACUUGAAGAAAAUUCUUUGUGAAAGAACUGGCCUACAUCCUAAUGUUCAAAGAUUAUUGUUCCAAGGAAAAGAAAAAGAUGAAAAUGAAUGCUUGCACAUUGCUGGUGUAAAAGACAUGUCAAAGGUGAUCCUAAUGGAAGAUCCAGCCAGCAAAGAGUUGAAGAAAAUUCAGGUUAACUCUGUCUCUUGUGAAGCCAUUGCUCGAGUAAGAGUAGAGGUCGAUAAGCUCUCACAUAAGGUUGUGGCCAUAGAGGAAGCUGUGAAGAGAGGUACUAGAGUUGAGGACAGAGAAUUUGUCGUCUUAACAGAGUUGUUCAUGAUUCAACUUCUUAGACUUGAUAGUAUUGAGGCAGAAGGAGAAGCAAGAACUCAAAGGAGAAAGGAGGUUCAUCGCAUUCAGAGAUUUGUUGAUAUGCUUGACAAUUUUAAAGCAAGAAACUCUAAACUUGCUAGCAAUUGUAGUAUUGGUACUAAUACAAUGGUGACUACCAAAUGGGAAAAGUUUGAUUCAGGAAUUGGAAGCCUCAAUGCACCAAAUCAAUUACAUCAAUCCACAAAAAUCACUCAAGAGUGGGAAGUUUUUGACUGAUUCUGAGUUUUGGGAUUCUUUUUUUCUUUUCUUUAAUUUAGUGAUCAACUAUAUAUUGUCCUGUUAAAGUCAUUCUUAUUGCUUGUGUAUAAUUUGUUGUGUGCACUUGUAUUCCACUUUUUAUGGUUAAGAAAUGCACGAUGUCUGGUAUUCGUUUUGGUCUUUUGGAACUCGAUGGAAAUGUCUUUGGUGGAAUAUAAUGUAAUGAAUGAUCCCAUUGAACUAAA